AUGGCUUUCGCGGACUCCACGGUCCCCACAAAGGCUGGUGCGUGGUGCAUGACCAAGUUACUAGAGUCUCAGGUCCAUAGGGUCGAGCGUAACGAGCCAAAGCUUAACACAAAUGUGGCUCGAAGGGGAGGGGCAUUGGUGAGCCUGAGUCACUUCUGUCGUGUGUCACGCGUGCCAUGUGUGGUCGUGAACCCGGAGGUGGAUGGAGAGCUUCCACUCGCAUCCAAAAAAUCUGAUCGCACCGGGACAAGGCAGCCCGACGACGCCGAGAAAUCAGUGCUCUGCUCGUACGAGCUCAUAACAGAAAAAACUCCGUGUGCCAUGUGCCUUCUCUCCGACGAGAGGCUGCUCAAGAAGGUGCGGCGGUACUCGCUGUUCCUCUACGUCGGCAGCAUGAUCGUCGCGAUCGCGCCGAGGCUCGCGCCGGCGUCCAGGCCCGCCGUCGUGCCGUCCCUCCCCGCCGGCUACGGCCUCCCCGUCACGUGCGCCUCGUUCACCGUGGCCACGCUGGUGGUCCAGGAGCUGCUGGCGCGCGUCCUGGAGAGGGGGCCCGCUCCGGCGCCGCGGCUGACCCCGGAGGCCGCGUGGCCACUCGGCAUCUCCACCUGGAUGUUCGUCACCAUGUUCUUCCAUAGCUACCUCUGUUUCGGCGGCGACGGCUACUUCGUCCGGAGCUGCGACGAGUGGGCGGCGGCCUGCGUCGCGUCCUCGCUCAACCUUUUCAUCGCCACACUCACCGUUUCGAUAAGCUUGCGUGCAUUGCUUGCAUGCCAUGAGUUUUUCGAUUCGUUCGUUUCUCUGGAACUUGGUCGGCUCAGAUUUUGCGUGAGAGUUUUACAUGCUGAUCGACAUGCUCGUCUCGCGUUCUUGGCAGGACUACUUGGCUUGAGGAGGACAUUGCAGUUCGCUGAGACCUACAAGAGUUUGCAAAAAUGA